UGCUCCGACCUAUCUGCGGAGCCAGCCAUGUCUGAAUACACUUCAACGCGCGAAGGCUUUCAACGCGCCAUGGAGGAGAGCCUGAGCGGCCGACCCGAAGACUCCCACCAGUACGCCAAGAAGAUCUCGACGCCCGGGUUCUACCAUCUCAUGAACAACCAGCGCAUAUCCUACGACAGAUACGUUGAGGAAAUUGCUGAGUGGCGCGGCAAGACUACCGAGUAUAAGCCGGUCAUACACGAGUUCCUGCGCGACGGCGACCAGCUCGCGGCGCGCAUGACGGGGACGAUCAAGAUCGACGGCGCGGAUACCUACUUCGAGAGCUACAUGUUCGCCAAAUUGGAGCACGAGACCGGGAAAAUGGAGUGGCUGGUUGAGCGGGCGGUCUGGGGCUCCGUGGGCGCGGAACCCGAGCAUGGAGUGAAUUGAGAGGACACCCUCCCGCCCACCUGUAUUUCUCCGCCACUGUUCGAUUGUAGCAAAGACCUGCAUGAUGGGAGCGUGCCAAGACGCCUCUUGAUGUGCAGUUUUAAGGGGCUUUUAAGCAUAAGUAGAACGGCGAAUACAGCUCUAUUACGACGUAUUCAAAGAGGGGUCUUGUACGGCCAGGACAAUAGCAACUAUUCUAGCUGACCAAUAACUACCGAUCUGACUUGCGGGUUGGCUACACAUGA